GCCCUAGUGGAACGAUCAAACUUGUUAAAAAAGAACCAGUAAAGAAGGAAAAGAAGGAAAUUGAAAAGAAAGAGACAAAACCAAAAAAGGCAGAGAAGAAAGAAAAACCAAAAGUUGAAAAGAAACCGGCCAGGAAAACUACGGCAUCAAAGAAAGCCACCGCUAAAAAAACCAGCGAUGAAAUCUAA